AUGCUAAGCUACACCUUCAUUGGGAUCGUGUGCUCUGUGGUAGGAAACUUCCUCAUCUCCUUAGCCUUGAACAUCCAGAAGUACGCCCAUACCAGGCUUCAACAACCACAAAGUGCUAUCCCGGAAACUCCGACUGAAGCGACGCGACUUCUAGCAGCAGGAAGAGGAGGACUAUCAUCACCAUCGGAUUCCCCUGUUUUAUCACCCACCACCACCGAUUUGAAAAAAUUAGAAACCAACUACUUAGGCAGUCCUUACUGGUGGUUAGGGGCCGUGGUAAUGACCAUCGGCGAGUCUGGUAAUUUCAUCGCCUAUGGGUUUGCUCCGGUAUCCGUUGUAUCUCCGCUCGGAAUCAUCACCAUCAUCUCCAAUUGUACCAUUGCUCCUCUCAUUUUCCAUGAGCCUUUGAGACUUCGUGAUUUAACCGCCACGAUGUUGGCGUCGUUUGGCGUGCUUUUGGUCAUCGUUUCCUCGAUAAACAGCAAUGGUGGUGACAAUAAUGGCAACAAAGACCCAGAGAAAAACGCUGCCGAUUUUAUUUAUGAGGUUUUGACAUCUCCAUCUUAUUUAUACUACGUGAUCACUACCCUUUUCAUUGCCGGAAUAUUGAUUUUCCAAUUAGAUUUGUUGAAAAAUAAGCUCCAGAAAAACGGUACCACAAAGAUAAAAAACUUGUACACUUUUGGCAAUAUUUUAUUAGUGGCGAUAUUUGGAGCCCAUACCGCGAUGGCCACAAAAUGUUUAUCCACCCUUAUUGAAUUCUCGGGUUCUGCUCACGAACUUCUUUCGGGAAUACAGACCUAUUAUUUAUUGAUGGUACUUGUGUUGACGGCGAUUUGUCAAAUCAAGUACCUUAACAACAGUUUACGGAUCGAAACAUCGACAAAAGUCAUUCCUACCCAUUUUGUGUUUUUUACGAUUUCUGUGUUGACGGGUUCAGCUAUAGUUUUCAAAGAUCAAAACGGCAAACAGUCAUGGCAAGUGGUGUUAUUCUUCGUGGGCUGUGUAUUAACAUUUGUUAGCGUGUUUCUAAUUGCCGGGGGGAGUAAAAACCCUGCAGACAUAAGUAAUGAUGAAGAAAGACGCAUCCAAGAUCAUUUGAAUUUCUCAGAAGUGCUGGAAACUAAUGAUAAUUUCUUGACCGGUAUCAGUCAUUUUGAUAACUACCCACAAAAUGGAUUGGGGGCCACCAAAUAUUAUUCAAUGAACACUGAAAACAACGACGACAUCAAACGUAACAGCCACCAAUAUUGGGAAUUCCAAUUUAAAGUGCCAUCGUUGCAUAUUCCAAACCCAAAUCAACCAUCGAGGAUUAUGGGUAAAAAAGAUAGCAAGAUGAGUUUGCUCAGUGCCGUCUCAGUAUCUCAUGGCCAUAAUAACAUUCUUACUGACUCCUUGAACCAAUCUCCUGCCAAAGCCGAUUUCUAUACCAACCAACUUGAAUCAACAGACCUGGUACUUUCACAUAGCACUUCAAUCAAUGAGUCUCAGAACAUUAUUUUCAAUAAUGAUCGUGCCAUCGAUACCCAAUUUCUAAUGAUUCCUAAAACCCGAGCCCCAGCUUUGGAAGAGGCCGGUAAUGAUCUGCAACAACUGCAGUAUCAUAAUCUAAGUCGGUCAUUCCCUGGUGAGGAUAUGGUGAUCUCGAAUAAGGAAACCGUUGGUCAUAGGGCUAAUCGUCGAUCAAUGAACCGUCUGCGAAGUUUCAAUCGGUUGUAUGAAUUCAAUAAUAGUAAGAGUGAACUAGUCGGAAUACCUGGUAGUGGAAGUGUGUUGUUGAAUAAAGUGUUAUCAUCCACCUUGAACAGACCUGCUGCUGAGACUUCUCAGUAA